AUGGAGAGAGGGCAAGAUGGAGAAAUGGUAGAGACAGGAAGGCCCACCCCGAUGGGUGGCGCCAGCACAGUGCUGGGCGCCAUGGGCAACGUCAGCCCCUCGCUGGGCGGCUCCAUGGGCAACGCCAGUGCCUUGCUUAGCGGCGCCAUGGGUGACGCCAGCUCUCCUUUGGGCGGCGCCCUCUCAACUGGGGAUCUUCAUGUGGCAUCAGCUAUAGGAAGAGUUUUGGGGGGUGGCUCCAACAUGGCAUGUAAGGCAGGAAACUUGGUGGGUGGCGCCCAUGGCGCAGGGCUGGUAAACGGCGCCCAUGUGGUAGUUAAGGCAAAUGGUGCCCAAAGCGCUGAGGUGGGGGGCGCCCAAGGCGCUAUGG